UGCUAAGGCUAGCCUUUAUUUCCUUGGUCUGUCGUCCACUGUAAUGAUGCACGGAUGCUAGUUUGCUAAUUUAGCUAAAUGUAUUCUGUGGAGGAGUUGGAAAAUUUGACUGUUGUGCUGGCGCUUCAGAAUAUAAAUAAUCGUUAUGAAAUAGCACCGGUUAGCUUAGCUUAACCUAUUUCGACUGUGAUUGAGGUUAUCGUUCGCCGUUUUGCUUAUGUAGCCUAUGCGGACGACUAAGUCUUAGACUAAAGCUGUUUGCAAAUUACAAUCCAGUUAACGCAACGCUCGACCUGCAGCAGGCGGUGGAUCUAGUCCAAUUGAAUUAGAUAACCCGGCAGGAGCAUGGUCUUGCUGUGGGUAUUGGCAGGGGUAGUGUAGACCGGUCCUAAUGGCUAUACAGUAUAAUGCUGCAACAGCGGCAAGGACAUCAGAUGGCUGCAAUAUUCCGUAUAUUGCAAGCUUUGAAUUUAGGAGAUCAUGGGUUUGCGCUUCGAUGCGAUUUUCCCUAGCCUAUGUAACGGGAUGUGCAGCUUGCUAGCAUACUGUAAUCGCAUAGUUUUGGGAAGAAGUGAAUAAAGUUUUGCUUUUGAGCCAAAUAUGCAGGAUAACGUUUGGCAACGCAUUUGAUGUUACGAUAUGUUUCAUGACUGUAGAUAUUCAGUUGUCGCAGCUUUGAAUUGUGUUACCUGUCAGCCAUAACUAAAGUAACGAUAACGCAUGUGUGCAGAACUAGCUAGUCAGCAGGGUAUAUAGCCUACGUAACGAAAUGGCUCCUCCCCAUAAAUUUCAGCUUUCAGUUUUUUGAACCAUAGAAUAUAUGAAAAUGUUUUAUAUAGCUUUAGCUGAAUGUCCUUUUAAAAUAUGCGAUGUCAGUUGAUUUUUAAAGUGAAAGUGGUUGUGUGAUCGCUUACUGGGUACUGCUUGGAGAUGUGGAGCAACAUUAGCGUGAAAGCCAUCUGUCAUUUAGUCCUGGAACGCCCACUCCAGACAGUUCACUACGGUUUGGAUCGGGCAGGCCAUAUGUCACAGUAGCUCUGUUAAUCUUAAUAUCAUUUGAACGCAACACGCUGUCAGUGAGUCCUGUUGGCAGAUAUGCUUCCCUUGAACAGGGUAGUUUGUGCGUAUAUCAGUGUGUGGUGUCGACUAAACCAGCGUUUCCCAACCUUUUUCCUUCCGCGGCACACUUUCCAAAUUUACAGAAUCUCAUGGCACGCCACUCUCAAAAGCAUCAAGGCAUUAUAAAAAAUAAACACCCUGCAAGCGACGUACUGACGUUGAUGUGACGUGCCAACAGUAGCCCGAAAUGUUCUUUUGGGGCUUUAAUUAAGCGAUAUGCAUUUUAAUGACAUUUAUUUUGGGUUUUGUGAAUGGGAUUUGUUCAUUUAAGUUUUCUUAAUUCAGUUGAACAUUAAAAAAAUUUUUUAAAGAAUUUUUCACACGGCAGACCUGAGUGCCGCGGCGCACCGGUUGGGACUAAACGACUACGCUUUGGGUGUAUCAGCAAAGCGUCGCCGUGGGCUAUACGAACCCAAACACAUGAAAAAUAAAACCUGUUUUGAAGUGAAACUUUAAUGAGACCCGACUGCGAGAUGUGCGAAUUUUUCUGCAAAAAGACUCAAAGAUGUAGCCGAUCAGGUUGCAGUGCACUGUGGAGACUUUCUCAAGUGGAAUGUUACGAUAAAGCAUCUGAGAGCGAUGGACUUGGAGGACGACCACCUCGUCCCCAGAGACGUCCUGCCGGUGGUGGUCAUCGCCUCUCUCCUUAACCAGCGUGUGCCCGUGCAGAGGCCGAGGGGGCGUGUCCACAGACGUGCUCUCGGUGCGUGUCUUGCAGGUAACGGGCCGUCUGGGAUCUGCCUGUCGUACCUGCUGUCGGGGUACGUGCCGUACCCGUCGCCCGAGGGCAGCCACCCGAACCCCAUCCUCCAGCGCAAGCUGCAGCAGCAGCCUCACCUGUCUCUGCUGGAACAGGAUCUGGAGUACCUGUGCGAGGGCCUGGAGGGCCGCUCCUCGAACCCGGUGGCGGUGCUCUUCGAUUCGCUCCUCCUGCCCGACAGCGACUUUGGGGCCGACUACCCCUCGCCCCUGCAGUGGCGCUACGAGCCGGAGCGGGCCGUCCCGCACGUGGUCCUGGGGAAAGGGCCGCCCGGGGGUGCCUGGCACGCCAUGGAGGGCUCCAUGCUCACUCUCAGCCUGGCCAAUUGGAUGGAGCUGCCAGGCCUGAAGCUGAAGGACUGGGUGCGAGAGAAACGCAGGAGCGUGCGUAACGACCGCGCCACGCCGGCGGAGAUCGCCUCGUACUACCAGCACUACGUGUCACUGAUGGGUCUGCAGGACCGCUUCGCCUGCGGCACCACGGUGACAUCGCUGCAGCGCGCGGGCGGGGAGGCGGGGCCCGGCGUCUGGAGGGUGCGCGGCGUGCGCAGGGAGGCGGGGCCGGGCGGCGGGGGAGGGGCGGGGCCGGAGCGGCCCUUCAGCCUGCUGGCGCGGAGCGUGGUGCUCGCCACGGGGACCCACGACGUCCCCGCCCGCCUGGGCGUGCCCGGCGAGGACCUGCCCCACGUGCGCCACGGCUUCUGGGAGCUGGAGGCCGCCAUCUCGGCCGGCCGCCUGGGCCCCGCCUCCGACCCGCUGCUGGUGGUGGGGGCGGGGCUGACGGCGGCCGACGCCGUCCUGGCCGCCCGCCACCUCAACGCCCCCGUCCGCCACGCCUUCCGCCGCGCGGUGACCGACCCCGCCCUCAUCUUCAACCAGCUGCCCAAGGUGCUGUACCCCGAGUACCACAAGGUGCACCAGAUGAUGACCCAGCAGCAGGACAGGGGGGAGGCCCCCUCCAGCUGCUACCCGGGCUACGUCAGCUAUCCCCGCCACCGGGUGGUGGCCUUCCUCCCGGACAGGAAGUGCGUGCUGGAGGGCGAGGGGGGGCGGCGGACCGUGCUGCAGGUCUCCAUGGUGCUGGUCCUGAUCGGGUCGUACCCGAACCUGUCCUUCCUGCCGGGGGACGGGCGGCCGCUGGGCCUGGACCCGGACGAGCGCAUCGGCUGCCGGCGGAACCCGCUGCAGGUGGACCCCUUCACCCACGAGUGCGUCCGCGAGCCCGGCCUGUACGCCAUGGGCCCGCUGGUGGGCGAGAACUUCGUCCGCUUCCUGAAGGGCGGCGCCCUGGCCAUCGCCGCGCACCUGGCCCGGAGGCGCGCGGGGGGGGAGGGGCCGGACUCGUGACGGGCGGGCGGGCGGGCG